UUGGCCGCUGGUCACACCAGCCAGGGUCCACUAGCCCGGGCUUCAGAGCUAGCUCGCAGUGAACCCUUCAGCACCUGUGGCACUGCAGGGCAGGGCAGAGGAGCCACGUCCUCAACCAGCAGGGGGUCCGCUCUCAAGCCCACUCUGCUCCUUCCAGAUCAGCUCCGCGCCUCCCCCUUGUAGCCCACCAGGACUCCAGCAGCCCCUGCGAGAGCCACAGCCCACUUUGCCAAGAUGUCUAAGGUAGCCAAGUAUCGGCGGCAGGUGAGUGAAGAUCCCGACAUCGACAGCCUGCUGUCCACUCUGUCUCCCGAGGAGAUGGAGGAGCUGGAGAAGGAGCUGGAUGUGGUGGAUCCAGACGGGAGCAUUCCUGUGGGGCUGCGGCAGAGGAACCAGACGGAGAAGCAGUCCACGGGCAUGUACAACCGGGAAGCCAUGCUCAGCUUCUGUGAAAAGGAGACCAAGAAACUUCUUCAGAGGGAGAUGUCUAUGGAUGAAAACAAGCAAGUGGAGACCAAGAGAGAUGCCAAGAAUGGAGAGGAAAGGGGCAGAGAUGCCAGCAAAAAAACCCUGGGCCCCAGACGGGACUCAGACCUGGGGAAGGAGCCAAAGAGGGGUGGUUUAAAGAAAAGCUUCUCAAGAGACAAAGAUGAAGCUGAUGGCAAAAGUGGAGAGAAGCCCAAGGAAGAGAAGCUCAUCAGGGGCAUUGACAAGGGCCGGGUGAGGGCUGCAGUGGACAGGAAGGAGGCAGGGAAGGAUGGGAAGGGAGAGGAGAGAGCGGAAGCUCCAAGGAGGGAAGAGGAGAAGAAAGGCAGUGACAGGAGCACAGGGCCAACCAGAGACAAAGACAAGAAGAGAGAGGAGAAGGAGACAAGUAAGAGAGAGGAUGACGGGAAGGGAAAAGGGGAGAGGAGGGGUGCGGAUGCCAGGAAGGAGGAGGAGAAGGUGAAAAGAGGAAGUGGGAGCACGGACACGAAAAAGGAGGAUGAAAAAGUGAAAAAAGAGGAAUCUGUGAAUAAAAAGGAACCCAAAGAAGAGAACAAGACCCAGGCACCUGAGAAACAAGCCCCUGCUGGCCCCACCAAGCCCUCUGAAGGGCCUGCCAAAGCAGAGGAGGAAGCGGCCCCCAGCAUAUUUGAUGAGCCUCUGGAGAAAGUGAAGAACAAUGACCCAGAGAUGACUGAGGUGAAUGUCAACAACUCAGACUGUAUCACGAAUGAGAUCUUGGUGCGGUUUACCGAGGCUCUGGAGUUCAACACUGUGGUCAAGGUGUUUGCCCUGGCCAACACGCGUGCCGAUGACCACGUGGCCUUUGCCAUUGCCAUCAUGCUCAAGGCCAACAAGACCAUCACCAGCCUGAACCUGGACUCUAACCACAUCACUGGCAAGGGCAUCCUGGCCAUCUUUCGGGCCCUCCUCCAGAACAACACGCUGACCGAACUCCGCUUCCACAACCAGCGGCACAUCUGCGGCGGCAAGACGGAGAUGGAGAUUGCCAAACUGCUCAAGGAGAACACCACCCUGCUCAAGCUGGGCUACCACUUCGAGCUGGCUGGGCCCCGGAUGACGGUCACCAACCUGCUCAGCCGCAACAUGGACAAACAGCGACAAAAGCGGCUCCAGGAGCAACGGCAGGCGCAGGAGGCCAGCGGUGAGAAGAAGGAUCUGCUGGAGGUGCCCAAGUUUGGGGCCCUGGCCAAGGGCUCCCCCAAACCCUCCCCCCAGCCAUCUCCAAAGGCCUCGCCCAAGAACUCGCCCAAGAAAGCGGGUGCUCCGGCUGCUCCCCCUCCCCCUCCCCCUCCCUUGGCUCCACCCCUCAUCAUGGAGAACCUGAAGAACUCCUUGUCACCAGCUACCCAGAGGAAGAUGGGAGACAAAGUCCUCCCUGCCCAGGAGAAGAACUCCCGUGACCAGCUACUGGCUGCCAUCCGCUCCAGCAACCUCAAGCAGCUCAAGAAGGUGGAGGUGCCCAAACUGCUUCAGUAGGACCAGACUGCCAGGGGGCACUGUCCGACGCCGCCAUGACUGCCCAGGCCUCGCCUCCCAGGCCCGCACGAACCCCGCCCACCCCACCCUGGCUGACCCGCUGUGGAUCUCCCCACUCUGCCACGGGAGAGCACGAGGCCUGGCCACGCUCAAGGAAGGAAGCCUGAUCUCUUCUCACUUUCCUUUUCUUGUCUCUGAGGCGCUCCAAACAUUUCUUUUAUAUCUGGAACUGAGGUUUCUGACAAGAAGAGUCCUUUGAGCGUGUCAUCAAGAAGACGGCAUGCCUGGGGCCCAAGUAGCUGGCAAGUUGCAAAAGGCCUGUGAUUCAGGAAAGAUGUCCCACCAGGACCACAUAACCAGCCCAGCCCCACUGCCCUCCAGGGCCAGGAUUCAGGCCUCUGAGGAGCCCUUGGAGCAGAGCCGCUGGGCCCCGUGGCCCUCUGUGUGGGGCAAGGGCAGAAGAUCGAGAGGGCAUGAGGGCCCAAGGGGAGGAGGAGGGGCUAAGGAUACCCUCAAACCCCUCCUGGGCUAAUCAGAGGACAUGGCAGGGACAGCUGGCCUGGACAAACAGUGCCUGGUGGGGAGUGGGCUCCAGCUGGGAGGAGAGGGACAGACGGCAGCUGGUCCUGAAGGUUUGAUGCCAACGCAGACGUUUUCCUCACGCCCACCUACUGCUGUAUAAAUAGCUGUGUAUCUGUUUUUCCAUAAGAUUUUGAUAAUAUAUACAAGCCUUUAGUUGUAAA